AUGGAGUUGUAUCUCCCAUGCCUAAACACUGCCAUAGCUGGAAUCCUAGCCAUACUUUUAUUUUCUUACUUUAUCAUAAAGAGAUCAAGCUCAGCUGCCAAAGCCAAGGGUCCUAAACUACCAAAAGUUGCAGGCGGGUGGCCUCUGUUAGGUCAUGUUGGCCUAUUCGGAGGAUCUCAGCUUCCUCACAUAACUUUGGCUUCCUUGGUUGACAAGUAUGGACCAGCCUUCACCAUCAACAUUGGUAUCCACUCUGCUCUGGUGAUAAGUACUUGGGAGGUGGCCAAGGACUGCUUCACCACAAACGACAUAGUUGUUUCCUCCCGUCCGCCUACGCUAGCAGCUAAGCACUUGGGCUACAACUUUGCCAUGUUCGGGUUUUCCCCCUACGGUCCAUACUGGCGCGAAAUGCGCAAGCUCACAUCCCUCGAGCUACUCUCAAACCGCAGGCUCGAGCUACUGAAAAAAGUUCGAGUAUCAGAAGUGGAGAUGAGUUUGAAAGAGCUGUACACUUUAUGGAUCAAAAGAAAAGAAAGCUCGGGGGAGCGUUUAGUGGAGAUGAAGCAGUGGUUUGGGGAUUUGACUCUAAAUGUGAUUUUGAGGAUGGUUGCUGGAAAGAGAUGCUUUAUGAAUGGGAAUUUGAGUGAGGAGAAGGAGGCAAGGCGGUGGCAAAAAGCCAUGAGAGAGUUCUUUCGUUUGGCGGGAUUGUUUGUGUUGGGAGAUGCUGUUCCUUGGCUUAGUUGGUUCGAUUUGGGUGGACAGCAGAAGGCCAUGAAGAAAACUGCCAAAGAAUUGGACAGUAUUGUUGCGGAAUGGUUGGAGGAGCACAAGCAGAAAAUAACUGAAGGAAAAGAUCAAGAUUUCAUGGAUGUGAUGCUUUCAACCAUCAAUGGAACAGUUACAGAUGUUGCUGGCUUCGAUGCUGAUACCGUCAUCAAAGCAACAUGUUUGAUUUUGAUUGCUGGAGGGAGUGACACAACCAUGGUGACCCUGACGUGGGCACUCUCUUUGCUUUUGAACAACCGCCAAGUUUUGAAGAAAGUUUAUGAAGAACUUGAUCAGUAUGUUGGCAAAGGAAGACUGCUGGAGGAGUCAGAUAUAAAUAAUCUGGUGUACCUGCAGGCCACUGUUAAAGAAGCAAUGCGUUUAUGCCCAGCUGGACCACUCUCAGGCCAGAGGGAGUUCACAGAAGACUGUACCGUAGGAGGGUACCAUGUUCCAAAAGGCACGUGGUUGCUAGUGAACCUGUGGAAGAUCCAAACUGAUCCACGGGUUUGGGCCGACCCGAUGGAGUUCAAGCCAGAGAGAUUUCUCACUACCCAUAAGGAUGUUGAUGUUCGGGGUCAACAAUUUGAGCUGAUGCCGUUUGGCAGUGGUAGAAGAGCAUGCCCUGGGAUAAGUUUUGGUCUUCAGAUGACACUUAUAACUUUGGCUAGUUUCCUUCAUUGGUUUGAUGUCACGACUCAAGAAAACGCACCAGUUGAUAUGACUGGAAGUAUUGGACUUACGAACAUAAAACUGACUCCUCUUAAUGUCCUCGUCAAACCACGCUUGUCUCCUGAUUUGUAUGAGUAA